CCUCAAGAACUGGGACGCUCCCGUUCACGAGCACCAGCGUCGCCCUGUUGUCCGCGGCUGCGUCGUAGCUUUCUCUUCUCGCUCGUUUGUUCUUAUCAUGCGCUCCUUCAGGUCCAAGGUGCUGUCGGCCGUGGCGUGCGUGCCCGCGGUCCUCGCUGCAGCGCUACCCGCCCGUGGGGACGUCGCUCGCCCGUACAGCGAGCCAGUGCAGCUGGACUUCCAACAAAACUACGCGCGUGCAACCUUCAGCGUGCCUUUUGGCCAAGCGCACACGGACCAGGAUGACGAGUCCCUGGUCUUGAACUUUACUGCCCACUCGCACGACGCGGCGUGUGGUUCUGCUAACAUCACUAUCAACGGCGUGCCGCUGCCUCAGGAAUGGGAAGGUGAUCACGCUUCUGGCUCGGGCUCGUAUCAGUACUCCAGCCUUGACCUCCAGGAUGAACAGCCUCAGCGCGACUUGGGCCUUGCGUGGAACUCGACCUGUCUUCACGGCAGCGCGGCGGCGGACGAGGCUGCCCAGAUUCUGACCGUCAACAUCAAGUCGAUUGACGGCGUGCCCAUCAACACACCCGCUGGCUUUACCAUCUCGUUCAGGCAAAACACAUCACCGCCUGCACUUCUCAGGCUAGAGACGGUGCCUGAUCUUACACCCGAGCUGACCGACGUCUGGCGCGACCCCCCGGUGCAACUGCGGCUCGUCACUGGCCCUGCACCAUCUCUUGAAGACGAGAUCCGCGAGCUGCGGGCGCUGCAAGCCGAGCUCGAGGCUAUCCAGAAAGCAGUCGCCACCAAGAAGCAGCACAUCAACUCGCAGAUCCGCAAGGAGGCCAAGUGCUUCACCGCGGACCUCAAGCAGUGCGACAGCCUCUCGUGCGUGCUCAAGACCGUCGCCGGCAAAGCCCACGGCGCAUGGCGCAUGGUGUACCUCCGGCUACACACCGACCCCGAAACCGACACCAUGGGCCGCCCCGAGGUCUUCGCCUCCGCCCACCUCGCCUCCCAGCGCUACGGCAGUAUCAACGUCGCAUCCGACGUCGGGACCGACGUCGGUCCAACCACCGGCUCAACCGAGGCCGUCGAGGCCGCCCAACCCACCCCCCGCCCCUACGAAGCCACCCUCCCCCCACGCCCCCAGCAGCGCCAACCGCCCUACAUCAUCGCCCUCGAAAUCGCCCUCGGCGUACUCUGCUGCGGCUGCCUAACCGCCCUAAUCCGGCACAAAUGCGCCAGCCUACGGACCCGCACCGAGCGGCUCGCAGACCACGAAGAGCGACAGAACACGCGCGCGUACAAGCGGGCAGCGCGGCGGCACGCGUGGCGCGCCUGGUGGCGCGGCACCGGCGCACGCAGGGACGCUGCGCGCACCGCGGACUACGAGGAGAAGCGCGCGCUGAUCGCGGACCAGGAGGGCGUGCUGGAGGACGCGAUGCAGGAGGAGAUUCGGCAGCUAAGGGUCGCGCAUGGGGUGGUGCAUGAUAUCAUCCGCGCCGAGGAGGGGCGCACGGCUAAUCCUCCUCUUGGUUCUGUGGGGCACGCGCGGUGUACGUGCCAACAACGGCAGCAGCGCACGCGUGGCAACUCGGCGGCGUCGACGCACCCGCCCACCAGUAUCCCCGAGGCGCCGUCGCGCCCCUCGUCGCGCGCGGAUAGUCUGCCUAGUUACCGGUCGCGCGCGAGCGAGCCGCCGUCGUACGAGGCCGAGCUGGCGUCGUCGUUUAUGGCAUCUCCGUAUGUCGCGGCGGCGGGUGGUGCGGCGGGGUCGUACACAGCGGGCUCGUACGUAGCAAACGGGUUCGCGAGCUACGACACCACCACACGCUACGCUCCCAGCGAGUCCGGGCGCUGGACGCCCGACAGCAGCGUCGUGGACGUGAGUCCGCGGCCCAGCGCGGAGACGCUGCGGUGGCCGGUUAGUGUGUUCACCGUUGAUAGCGAGGGGGAGAGCGAGAGUGAGGGGGAGGCGUAGAGGCGACGUACAGUAUGAGCAAGGCUCGACGUACAGUACAAUCAGGACUCGACGCGCAGUACAG